AAGUUUCCCCGGAAGUGACGCGGCUAGAAACCAAAGUGACGACAGGCGAUGUUUGUUGUCAUAUCUGUUUUUGUUGUGAAGAGCAAAGGCGAGGAUCAUCUCUGCUCGGACGGACCUAUGGUGAUCAUUAUAGAGAGGUAGAAUGUAAAACACGAUGGCUGGCUUUGAAACGUACCAGGAGUAUCAGCGAUUAGAAGAUUAUGAUGAAGACUCGCCUCCAGGAGAAGAAGAUUUACUCAUCCAUGUGCCAGAGGGCAGAGGAGACCCGUGGCAUCAUAUCGAGAAUCUCGACAAUUUCUUCACAAGGAUCUAUCAUUUCCAUCAGAGGAAUGGAUUCGCCUGUAUGGUGUUAUCAGAGUUUUUUGAACUUGUGCAAUUCCUGUUUGUGGUCACGUUUACAACUUUUCUCUUCAACUGUGUGGAAUAUGAUGUUCUCUUUGCUAACCGAGUGGUCAACCACACGGGUCAGAGCCUCGGUCCUCUGGACAGGAACAAGGUCACCCUUCCUGAUGCGAUUUUACCCAGCGAGCAGUGCACUGAGAGGAUUCAAGGAAACAGCUGGAUCAUCUUCCUCUUGAUAAUGGCAGCAAUUUUCUGGGUCUAUCGGCUCGUGAAGGUGAUCUGCAACAUCCUCAGCUACUGGGAGAUCCGACAGUUUUAUAAAAAAGCACUGAAAAUACAGAUGGAUGAGCUGUGCAACUUCACGUGGCAAGAAGUUCAAGGCCGUUUGAUUGACCUGCAGCGCGAGCAGCCCAUGUGCGUCCAGAAACGUGAACUUUCUGAAUUAGAUAUCUACCACCGCAUCCUGCGCUUUAAAAACUACACGGUGGCCAUGAUCAACAAGUCCCUGCUGCCCGUCAGACUACGUGUGCCCUUCUUCGGCGACAUGAUCUUCCUCACGCAGGGCCUAAAAUACAACUUUGAGCUCAUUCUGUUCUGGGGACCUCUGUCACUCUUCCAGAACAAAUGGAGUCUGCAUCCCAAAUACAAACGGGCGGCAAACCGGCAGGAGGUCGCCAAGCAGCUCAGCCGCGUCAUACUGUUGACUGGUCUGGUCAAUCUGCUGCUGUGUCCCUUCGUGCUGGUGUGGCAGGUGCUGUAUGCAUUCUUUAGCUACGCUGAAGUCAUCAAGCGUGAGCCGGGAAGUUUGGGGGCCCGGCGCUGGUCGCUGUACGGCCGUCUCUACCUCCGCCACUUAAACGAGCUGGAUCACGAGCUGCAAGGCAGGCUGGGCCGUGGGUACAAACCCGCCGCAAAAUACAUGAAUGUUUUCGUUUCUCCUCUGCUGGCGGUGCUGGCCAAGAACGUGGCUUUCUUCUCCGGCUCGGUUCUCGCCGUGCUCAUUGCUCUGACGGUGUACGAUGAAGACGUGCUGACCGUGCAACACAUCCUGACGGCCAUCACCGUACUUGGCGUGGUCAUCACCAUCACCAGGUCGUUUAUUCCAGAUGAACAUAUGGUGUGGUGUCCUGAACAGCUGCUUCAGUGUGUCCUGGCCCACAUUCACUACAUGCCCGACCACUGGAAGGGCAGUGCCAACAAGAGCGAGACCCGCGACGAGAUGGCACAGCUUUACCAAUAUAAAGCGGUCUUUAUAUUGGAGGAGCUUCUGAGUCCCAUAAUUACCCCCUUCAUCCUCAUCUUCCCCCUUCGGAGCAAGUCUUUAGAAAUCAUCGACUUCUUCCGUAACUUCACCGUUGACGUGGCAGGGGUGGGAGACAUCUGCUCAUUCGCCCAGAUGGACAUCAGGCGCCAUGGAAAUCCACAGUGGAUGUCUGAAGGUCAGACGGAGGCCUCAGUGUACCAGCAGGCUGAGAAUGGGAAGACGGAGCUGUCGCUGAUGCAUUUCACCAUCAAAAACCCGCGCUGGGAGCCCCCGCAAGAGAGCUCUGUGUUCAUCAGCCACCUGAAGGAGAAGGUGCAUCAGGACGCUCAGACAGGACCAUCUCCUCAGCUGCUGCUGUCCGAGGCUCCUCUCUGUACCUCGCUGCUGUCUAAUGAGUCCGCCACGGGUCCUGAUAACCUGUUAGCCAGUGUGUUGGCUCACCCCGUACUGACCGCCUCCGGACUGCCUGGGAGGAAUCGCCGCUUCAUCCCGCCGAGCAGUGCGGCUUCUGCUGCCGCUAGUGUCCUGGCGUCCCUUUCGUCUUCUCAGCAGCCCCACGCCGGCCGUUCUCGCUCACACACACUCCUGCCAUCCCGACAGCACCACGACAGCACCAUGUACUGCAGCGACCACACUGUGGGCGACAGCAUGUCUGCAAGUGACUCCAGAGUGCUCAGCCAGUCUCAUUCGGCCCUGGCGUCAGAGUUCGCAUCAGCUGAGAUGAGCCUGCAUGCUAUAUACAUGCACGAGGUGCAUCAGCAAAAGACCCAGCAUCCAUCUGGACCAAUUCAGGCCUCUGUGCCAAUGAAGGACUUGAGCACCAACUAUGCUCAAGGUCCUCAGAUACAGUCUGCACAGACAGUCACCUUGGUGCCACCCACUUCUGGCCGCUUGGGCGGCUGGGCUGAAGAGGAAGAGGAGGAGCAGGGCGACGAGGAGGAGAUAAACACCAACCCUGUGCCGGAUCAGACCAGCAGAGGGAGCAGCUGAUGUGCCUUCAACCUGUACAUUUUUGUUCAUUUCUGGUAGUUGUGGCCUUACUUUGGUUUGAAACCCUUUGAUCAAGCAUGUUGGGUCGCCACACCAAGCAGGUCGAUCAAGGAGCCCGUCGGAGCCAUUCGGUUCUCUGGACACACCAUCUUCCAGUUUAGAGGAACUUUGACGUAACGGACUGCAAGAGUAUGUCUGCCACUUCCCCUCCCUCGUCACGUCACUUACAUUUACAUUUCAGACUGCUGUGUGUUUGUGUUGGAGUGUGUGUUUUUGUUUUGUUUAUGACACAACAGGGUGACACUUGUUUUGCAGUAUUUAUUUCCAUUGCAUUUUCUUUCAUGCAGCGUUUGUUUUGUUUGGGUUUGAGCAAGUUACGUUUUUCCGCCUCUCUGUCUCAAAGGCGAGCCAGGUAGUAUUUACUUUUGAAGCGCUGCCUUUUAUGGUAUUAUUGCUAGUUUCACUUUUGCGUUACAGAACCAGUGGACAGAAAAUAUCACUGAAUGUAAAAUCAUACCAGUUGCCUCGUUAGGAAAAAAAAAGAAAAAUUCUCAAAAUUAUAAAACAUGAUUUUUUUUUUUCUUUUAAGAAAAUAUAAAUAGACUUUUUUUGCCUAAUGAAAAUUUUUAUUUAAAUUAAAAGUGAUUUGCAUUUGCAAAUGUGUUGAGAAAUAACAAUAACCUCUUGAAUGAAAAUUUAAACGAAGAAAAAAAAAAAAAAGAUUUUAGCAAUAAAAUGAAUUUUGCUUUACCAAAAAGCUUUUGAUUUGCAGGGGGACGCACAGGUUCUUAAACUUAAUAAAAAUGAAGUCUUAUUUUUUGCGGGUUGUCUAAAAAGUAGCAACAAAUAGCUAGUUUUAACAUCUUAGACGACCAUAUGACUGCAUUAAAGGAUUUUUGUUAUUUAAAUGAUGCUAAAGCUAUAAGAAUGAUUAACUAUCAAACUGAAGAGUUAAUGUGGAAAAAAAGUAAUUAAAUUAUUAAAAUUAAAGCUUUUUUUUUUUUUUUUUUUUUAAAGCCAGACAUUAGUCCCAGUUCACAGCCAUUGAGACAUUAUUUCUAAACUACUUGUUCAGCUUGUAAACAGCAGAUUAGCACAUUAUUUAACCACUUAAGAAGUUAAAAUGAAACACUAAUCAAGGAUAAAAGCAGUUUGAAGAUGUUAGUGUCGUGAUUUUGAGUUUGGUUUAGGAUUUGAUAACAGUCUCUUCCAGCAUGUUGAAUUAAAUAUUACACAUCUGACAGAUGAUCUGAGAAGUCAGUUUAAGCUGUUAAUGUUGUGUGUCCGUGUCGACCCAAAAACUGAAGGGUGUGAUUUUUGUGCGGUGCCUGCGGUAAGAGUUCAGUCAAGUCUCAAACUAGAAUUUGCCGUUAUCUAGAACAAAAUAGAUUUUAACUAAUGUGCUCUCUCACAGCGUAGGAAGGCUUGGCUCUGUAAUAUAAUACUAUCACGAGAGCCUAAGGGCUUUUGACAGUUUACACACGGUAUAUGACACUCUGGUCAGAGAUAUACCCACAAUUCAUGUAAAACACUGAACUUCCUGUGACAAGAGCAUGGCCACAUAAGCUUUCAGAUAUCAUCUACUUGAAAUACUGCAGUUAAGCGUAGUUAAUAAAGAUAACGGCAUCCGUAUAAGACCCACUGAAAUACCUCCUGUGUAUGUACAGUAUUUAUUUGUGUGGGACAUUAUUGAACGAAUGCCUUCAGGAUGUAGUUGCAGACGUGCAGUUUACAGUGUUACAGGAUUCGAGGGUUUUUCCACACAGGACUGCGUAAGUGAAACACAUUGUUUUAAAUCUCUGUUAUCUUAAUGUUCUGUUUAAACAGUCUGGGGUUGGACUGUGCUAGGUGCUAUAUAUAUGUAUAUUAAAUUUGUUUUGAUAUUUAUCUCUUUUUGUUGGAUUUUACCUUUUUUUUUUUUUUUUUUUUUUUUUUUCUGAUCGAAAUAACACUAUCAAAAAAUAAACCUUACCAACCAAG